GUUGCCACUGCUCUAACUGUUUUUAGUCAUUGCUUCAGAUCUAAGUUUGGAUGCUCAGUGGCAAGGUAAAAGAUUUCUGAUCUUUCAGCAUUGGCUUCAUCUCUUUGAUCUGUCAAUGCCUGAGUCUCGUUUCACUUUGAGUGCAGAUCACCAUAAUCUGAGCACAAACGCUUUCCGUAUAUUUGCCACAAGGUAAAUCGAUAAAUAUGUUCUCCCCAUGAGAUUUAAAGAUCCCGUUUGUCUUCCUACUGAUCACCUGCAAGCAAACCAUGCUGAAAAAGCAGAAUGUGUAAAUGUUGGGCAAAGCCCAGAUGAUAAAUAUCGUAAUAAACAUCCAGCAUGAUCUGAGAAGGAUUCUGGAAGGUCAAUCCGAUGAAUAAAUGAGAUCUUAGGUAAAAGGCUGCAGCUACAAGGAUUGUCAAGCUGCAGGAGUACUUAUCACAGUACUGUACUUUGAACGACAGCAGUGCACAGAGAUCAGAAAUGUUGAACCUCGCACCAGUUUAUAAUUUUAUGAAAUAUGCAUGACAUGUAAUGUUUGCAUCUUUUUUUCCUUUUCUGUCAGACGAGCAUGGUGUGACACGGGCAGGUGUAUGCAUGCUGAAACCUAAACCUGACUGCACAGAUAUGUAGAAGCUAGAUCACCAAGAGACCACUUAUUUGCAGAGGCCUGGGCCAUAUAUCUGUCAGUAAAUACAUAUCACUUAAAAAAAAGAAUUAGAGAUCAAACCAGAGCUUCAUGGAGCAAACUAACAAUGAGCCUUCACUUAAUGAUCUAGACGACGGUACCAGGCCCACCGAGACUGAGUGCAAGAAGCCCAGUGAUUCCGAGCAUUCCUUGUCUAAGAUAACGCAGAAUGCUUUGGAGAAUUUUGGCUCCCUGAGCCAGGGAUUAAAGCAGCUCUUUCACCCCCAGCGGCGCCGAUCUUCUGUCUCCCCCCAAGAUGGCCUCCAUGCUCAGGCUGACCAGGAGUCCCCAAGUCCAGAGACUUCCAGCCCAGCCACGGAGCUGGGCUUGUCUACCGUGUCCCACCACCCCGCCAGCCAGGCUACCACGCUCAACAGGGUCCUGCAGCAGAUCCGGGUGACGCCCAUGAUGAAACGGGGUUCGAGCCUGCACAGCCGAAGAAGCAAGUUGGAUCCUCUCCGAGGCAGCCCGCAAAUAUCCCGCAAGUCGGCCUCGGAAGGUAUGAGCUACCUCCUGUUGCACUCCAGUAGACCCCGAUCUGCUUCGACCACCGAUGCACCAACAUCCUCGUUGUUUGCGGAGCCAUUGGCCUUCAGUCCUCAUGCGGGAAAUGAGCUGGAUCGGAUCGAGCGGCUGGAGCUGAACAGCCUGGCACCGUCGGGUGUGGUGGCGUCAGGCUCGGAUGGCGGGGUCAGUGCGGAGAGCGCGGACAGCGGCCUGGACCCGCAGAGGACCCGUGCGGCCAUCGCCCAGCUCCAGCAGAAGGUGCUGCGGCUGACUGAGCAGCUGAAGGUGGAGCAGACGGCGCGCGAUGACAACGUGGCCGAGUACCUGAAGCUAGCGGGCAGCGCCGACCGGCAGCAGGGCAGCCGCAUCAAGCAGGUCUUCGAGAAAAAGAACCAGAAGUCGGCCCAGGCCAUCCUGCACCUGCAGCGCAAGCUGGAGCACUACCACCACAAGCUGCGGGAGAUCGAGCACAACGGCGUCCCCCGGCAGCCCAAGGACGUGCUGCGGGACGUGCAGCAGGGCCUGAGGGGCGUGGGCGCCAAGGUGACCGGCUUCAGCGAAGGCGUGGUGGGCAGCAUGCGGGGCGGGCUCUCCAGCUUCUCCCAGGCCACCCACACGGCCGCGGGCGCCGUGGCCGCCAAGCCGCGGGAGUUUGCGUCGCUGCUACGCAACCGAUUUGGCAGCGCGGACAACAUCCCGGCCCUGAAGGAGCCACUGGACGACAGCCAGGCGGAGGAGUGCUUCGAGGCGCUGGGCAUCUGCGGCCAGCUGCAGUUCAGCCCGCAGUACGGCAGCGAGGAGGAGUGCUCCAGCGGCACCUCGGGGUCAGGGGCCAACAGCAUGCCCGGGGCCCCCCUCGAGCCAGCCGCCUCCAAACCCGACCCCCUGGAGCUGUCUGGCUGUGGCUUUGAGGGGAUCUUGCAGGAGCUGCAGCAAGUGAAGGAGACCCAAGCUCGAUUGGAGGAGUCGUUUGACAGGCUGAAAUCUCACUACCAAAGGGAUUAUACCCUCAUGUUGCAAACACUACAGGAAGAGCGAUACAGGUGUGAGCGACUAGAAGAUCAGCUGAACGAUCUGACUGAGCUUCACCAGAACGAGAUUCAUAACCUCAAGCAGGAGCUGGCGAGUAUGGAGGAGAAGAUCGCUUACCAGUCUUACGAGCGAGCCCAGGACAUCCAGGAAGCCCUGGAGGCCUGUCAGACCCGAAUCUCCAAGAUGGAGCUGCAGCAGCAGCAGCAGCAGGUGGUGCAGCUGGAGGGGCUGGAGAAUGGGACAGCGCGCACCCUCCUGGGGAAGCUCAUCAACGUGUUGCUGGCUGUCAUGGCUGUCCUCCUGGUGUUUGUGUCCACCCUGGUGCCGCUGAUGAAGACGCGAAGCAGGACGUGUAGCACUUUGUUCUUCCUGGUUUUUCUGGGCCUUGCCUGGAGGAACUGGCAGGCCAUCAGUGGCUCCCUGGGACAACUCACUCCCCUUCUGACAUGACACCAAGCCCAGGGCAUGGGCCUCAGUGAAUGGAGUACAUGCGGAAUCUGAGUGGAUUUGUUUACAGAUAGAAAAGUCACCUUCUCUAUCCCUGACUGGAAGUUGCCGACAGUGUUUGAAGGUCAAAGUGAACUGGUUGGCGUUUGAGUCAUAAUUGUGGGAACUCUCCUCCAGCACAGCUACUGGCUAAAUGAAGAUAGAUGGACAAACGGACUAUGAGCUUGACUGUUUAAUAAUAAUAAUAAUACCCCCCACUCCAUCUCCAAAUCUCUCUCAGGGGAGGGUGGAAGUAUGGAAUCGAUAACAGAAUUGCCUAAAAUUUAGUGCACGGUGUACUUUUUUUUAAAAAAACAAAAGUAGUCUUUUGUAUUUACUUUGACUGUGCCCUGACCUGCGUUAUUGAGAAGUAGCUCACUGUGAAACAAGAGCACAUUCCGUCGUCAGCAAAUGGAUCCAAGAUUGUUAUUUCAGUCUCUCUACCGUCACCUGCGUCGAAAGACUCCAGACUGGGGUGAGCUUGAAGUAAUUGUUGCAAGUCACGGCCUAUCCAAAUGAUCGUAUUGUGGACUGAUGAUGCCACAGUUACUCGGGGUUGCCAUUCGGGCCCCUCCUUUCUGCCUUCAAAAUCCAUGCACUCCUCCCUUGUCUCGCACACUCCCUCCCACCUCCUCCCUGAGCACAUACCCCAUUCUGUAUCAACUAACAGACUUGAAGAGUGUAACACUCAAAGCACCUCAGUGGCUUCCUCAUUGCUUGUGAGAGAUAUACUGUUUCUUUUCGGCAGACAUUUUGUUUUUAACAUUCAAGCAGCAAAGUAGAGUUUGAGUAAUUCAAAUGAAGUGACAAAUUGUAUCAUUGAGCCCAGUGCCCCACUGUCCAAGUCCUGGUUGACUGAGUGAAGGCUUACAGAGCACCAGAGAGGGUACACAGAAAACCAACCACUCCUGCCUUUUGUAACAAGGAGGUUUUAAGAGACCCUACAGAAGGAGAAGACAUGCCCAUUUGGAAUGAGAUUUUUAUUUAAGUCAACAGAAACGCAAAAUAAAGAGUUAUAUUCUUCCUGUCAGCACAGAGUGUGAAACUGUGAAUGUACACUGUCCCAACCAUCAACAGGAGCAGGGACACCCUCAGCCGCAAACAGGGCUGGGAGACAUUGGAAUUCCUUCAGUGACAACUAGGUUAGCUGCUUGCUGCUCCAUCCCAUCAAUGACCCUCGCAGCUUGUUGAUUAUCUCAGAUUGUCAGCAGCAGCCCAUGUACCGUACUUAAAUAAAGACCAUGGCUGUUAA